AUGCAAACCAGAACUAUAACUAUACUCACAAUGGGGCCCUUGUGCAUUUUUUUUUUAACAUGGUCUAAACAUACGGCAACGCUUCUAGUUCUUGCUUGCUUAUUUAUUGGUGGUUUAGAGUGGAGUGGCUUAAAACGGCACCUUAAAGUGGCCCUUCUCGCACCUAAUGAGUUUCUAAAUAGAACAAGCCCCAUGAAACUUGAGGGUGUACCUCAGGGGAAAUUUAGUAAGGCGGAUCACUCGGUUGAACACAAGACCAUGUAUAGCGGUAGUUACAAUUCCCGAUCUAGUUCAAGGUAUCUUUCUCCACCUCUGUCGUUCCCGGAUGGUAUACCGCUCACCCCUAAAGAGUACGCGGUCCCUGUGAUACCGUUAAGUGCGUAUAGUAUUUUUAAGUACCUCGGGUGGUCCCUCUUGGCUUUAGCUGCGUCACACUGCGAAGCGGUUUACGUCACUGUGUUCGCACUUUACAUCUUAAUUUUCGUCUGUGUCACGCUUAUGGCUCGGAGCCGACUAAGAGACAAUGUGGAAUGUGCAGUGGAGCUGUUAACUUCUUGGUUCUGCUCUGGAAUUAUUGAGCCUAAGGGUAGUGAUCCUAAUUUAUCCAUGGAAAAGACUUCUAAAGAUGCACAACAGCGCUAUUUUUUGCUUUUGGAACUACAUGUAAUUUCUGAAAGGCAACCCGCAGAGCAGUUUCUUGACAUUUGUCUAGACUUUUUUGGUGUUAUGUGGCUAUCAGGCUUGGUCUUCUUUUUGUUUCUUUAUGAUGUGCCGCGGUUGGGAUUGCCAUGGUUCACUAGUGUUUUGUUAAGUAACUUUUUUAAUGAUAUCACCGCACUGCUCGUUGGAAAUGGCAUCCGAAAGCUUAGGACGAAGUACAGCCACAUUUAUGAUUCAACUUUGAAUGUAGAUUCAAGUGACUGUUACUUUGAUAAGAAAGCUUCUACUAAAUGCAGACCUGAACUGCAAUCUGGAGGCAACGGCAAGAAAAAGCUUAGGUCUGAUUCCUCAUUUUUUGUACGCUAUAUAUUGAGUUCCCCACAUUCUUUAUGCCCGACAAUCAGUCCCAACAAGUCUAUUGAGGGAGCAGUAUUCGGUGUCAUUAUGAACGCGAUCUCAUUUUCUGCAAGUUUGUAUUUUUGUUACCGCUUUGUCCUUGAUUACCCUGACGUAAAUAUAAUAUCACCGAAGUUUCAGUCUAUUUCAGUAUGGUUUGUUCUUGGAAUUUUCGUUGGUAUUGCUGGAGUGUUAGGGGACUUAUUGCAAUCACUCCUUAAGCGUGUUGCGAGGGUCAAAGACACGGGCAUUAUUAUACCUGGUCAUGGUGGCAUUCUGGACCGUAUAGAUGGUGUCCUCUUAGCAUUUCCAUUUACAUAUUGUGCUUUAAGCGUUUUGCGAGCACUUUCGUGA